GAGUUGUACGAGAGGGGAGGAGGAAGAUAAGAUAAUCUGUUAUAAAUUGGAGGUAAUCAGUCAUCAUAUUUUAGGACAUGAAGUGUGAGUGUGAAGGGUGAGUUGUCUUUUUCUAUGGCCACUAUCAUUAUUUCAUCGUUUUUAGUGGUUAUGAUCUCUUUAGUGAUUAUAUAUCAUAACUCACUCAAAGCUAUUUGUUCCUUACAUCAACAAGGACUUGUGACAUGUUUGUGAAAGGCUGGGAACUUUUUUUGCCUGUGUUUUCAAGAUCGUUCCCUUGAAGAUGUAUCUGUGUCCUUACCUUAUUUAACUGAUUCUGGACAAUGCUUUCAAUGAGAUCUAAUGCGAGAAUCAAGAUUCAUUGGUGACUGCGUUUCUCUCAGAGGAAACAGAGGUAGUGAAAAGGAGACUUCUACCGCACACAAUUUUCCAGUAACAAAUAGCAUAUCAUCACCAGUUAGUGUAAUUGGUGUCAUGAUUUUGGCUGGACCUGUGCUGCCCUAGUAGUGCUUGUAGGUGGGGGUGUACCCCCCCUCCCCCGCAGAGUUCAGAAGACAACCCUCAUUCCCAAAGACCGAGGAGGCUACAUACUGUACGGCCAUGUCAAACUCCCAGGAACAGAGUCUGAAUAAGGAUGUGAUAUUUCUGCCGAUGUCUGAGUCCAGCCCGGAGUACCUUCACUGCGAGAGGGAGCGCUAUGCGCUAGAACGCCUGCUGAGUGCGGGCCCCGAGGCCUUCUACACCACGCUGAGUGCAGAGCACCUCGUCCCCUUCCUCUCCCCAGAGGAGGUGAACCAGAUCAGUGGCAGGGUCAAGGACUACCAUAGCAGCUAUGAGGAGUUGGAGGGGGCUGAGGAGGGUGGCAACUCAGGUGUGCAAGACUUCUCCGCCAGGUACUUCCCCACCCACUCAGACAUCCCCGCACCGUGCCUGGAGCUGGGCUGGCCUGAGGGGGUCACCUGGGUGGGAAUGGGACGCGCCAUGGGCUACACCAGCCCACCUGCAGAUGAACAACCUCCUGUCAGAGAGAUCAUCAGAAGACUACUGCAGGGGGCUAGCAAGGUUGUUGCCAUGGUGACAGACAGACUGACAGAUAGCACUGUGAUUGGGGAUCUACGCACUAUCGCUUCACGGGGAGUCCCUGUUUACAUUGUCCUGAACCAGAGAUCCAGCCAGGAGAACCUCCCCCCUCACAGGCUGAGGCAUCCGAAUAUACAGGUUCGUGUUCUUGGAGGAAAGACCUUCUGUUCGCGGGAGGGAAAGAUAGUGAUGGGGGAAUUGAAGGACAACUUCCUCCUUGUGGAUUUGGAGACCGUGGUUAAUGGCAGCUACAGCUUCACAUGGUCAGACGCCCACCUGCACCCACUGGUGACGGUGCUGAGUGGCCCGGUAGUGGAAUCCUUCGACCGAGAGUUCCGGAUCGUCUUUGCAGCCUCACUUCCAGUUCCAGACACAUGGAAGACCCCCAAGGCCCCUAUAGAUGAGCCCCAUCACCACUCAGUGCUCCUGGACCUCAACAACCGGCCCAUGUAUUUCCCCAUGGAGCCUAUCAACAGCCCCCCUGCUCCCCCACCUGCAGACUACACCCUGGAUUGGGAGGCCCUGGGCGUCAUCCACAGAGGAAGUCCUGUCAAUCAACACGGUGAACCCAUGGACAUGAAUGUGAACAUGGAGGAACCAUUGCAACAUUUUACAGCAGUGAACAAAAAGCCACCUUUUGGGGAGGAGUUUUGUCCGAAGGAAGUUGAUCACCUCACAACUACGCAUGCAUACGAGGGGAGAAUAUGGGCCAACAAUGUCAAUUCGGAGAGCGAAAUUCAGCUGGAUAAUCAAACAACUUUUAACGGAGAUUUACCCUCUCAGGAAGAGAACCAGCCGUCCGCUGAAACAGAAACCCAACACAGGGUCCAACUCAAAACAUAUGGCAUACACCUCUCCAAACAGAGGAGCUCUGAAGUUGAUGAGAAAGAGUCUGUGGGGCCCAGUGAAAACAAAAUGGAGACAGGCUCACGAGAGGAAGCUGUGGGCUUUCCCUCCAGAGAGAGAAGAGAUCGUCCAACUAGAAGGGAAGAUGUUAUGGCAGAGGAGUUAGGCACAGAGGCAACUGAAUCUAGAGUAAACUCUGGUGCUGAUAGCCCCUCUAUAUCUAGGAGACCUCUGAUAUUGAAGGUGCCUCAAAGUGAAAGCUUCAGCUCUUUGAGUGACAUCAUGAGGAGGCUGCAGCCUUGUCAGAGCUCUUCAACCCAGCUAAGGAGGGGUGCUAAGACCACCGUGUCAGAACUCAGCAGUUCCAUGAUGGAACUGAGUGUGAUGCAUACAGACCCAGGCUUUAAAGAGAAGGGACCAUCAGUACCACAAGCCAGUUACUUUUCUGACCCUAUUCGAAUGACCCCAGCCUUCGCCCUGAUGAGGAAGAGGAAUGAUGAGUUUAAAACGGGGAUCCUUAGGCCUCCCAAAACCUUUCUGCCUCCUACCACCAGGCCUCACAGUGGCAGCGUAGGACUCCAGAGGGACUGGAGAAGACCACAGAGUGACUGGGAUCUAGGGAAGGAGGAUAGAAAGUGAUUGAGUGAAGAGGAUGGAAGAGAACGGGGAAAUGUCACGAUGCGAAUGGGACAGACAAUGGUAGCUGCAUUGAGAGCAGAGUCUAGUGUUGAAUCACACGGACAAAAUUGAUGUGCAACUUCAGUGAAAAUGCUUACUGUAUUUACCUGGAAGAUGAAGCAGGGAAGCCAUCUGUUAAUGACAGUAGUUUGAAAUGUAUUGUAAUGUAACGUAAUGGAUGUGACCAAUGCAAACUCAAUUGAUCAUCUCUCAUAAUACCAACGUUGUAGGUCCUACAAGAUGGUAAAAUGCUCAGCAGAACAAAUCUAAACAGCCACAGUAUUCAUGGUUUCAGGCCCCACACAAAUGUAUACAUACAGGUCGAUGACUAGAACAAUAGAUUUCUUGACAUAUUCAUUUGUUUCUUAUGGAAUAUUGGAUUAGGACUGUUUUUCAUUAUAUGUCAAACUGAAUAAAAUAACCUUUCAUAAUAUUAAUA